UCUUUUUGUAAACGCUUCAGAAACGCUUCGUUUGUGCCGCUGUCGAAUUUGCGUUGGUUGCGAGAAAACAACAUUGCUGCUGUACCUUACUAUUAAAUCCGAAUUUCGUUCAGCUGUGGUGCUGCAAACGUACGCUAGUCCUACGGUAAUCCUUUGUCCCAGUGUGCUGUGCUAGAGGGAAAGAUCCAACGUAAUCGCGAACCUCGGUGAGAAUGGCCGGCGUACAGCAAACAGGCAAUAUGCAACAAAUGGCGUCUCACAGCGAGAAGGUGUUCCAGUGGAUAAACGAACUAUCGAACCCGGAAUCCCGCGAAACGGCACUGCUAGAGCUGAGCAAGAAGCGUGAAUCCGUCCCCGACCUUGCACCGAUGCUAUGGCACAGCUUCGGCACAACGGCGGCCUUGCUGCAGGAAAUCAUUCACAUCUACCCGUCGAUCAAUCCGGCCACCCUAACAGCGCACCAAUCGAACCGGGUGUGCAAUGCGCUGGCCUUGCUGCAAUGUGUCGCCUCCCAUCCGGAAACGCGUUCCGCCUUUCUGGCCGCACACAUUCCCCUCUUUCUGUACCCGUUCCUGCACACCACCUCAAAGACGCGUCCGUUCGAGUACCUGCGGCUGACGUCGCUCGGUGUGAUCGGAGCGCUGGUAAAGACCGACGAGCAGGAAGUGAUAACGUUCCUGCUUACGACGGAAAUCAUUCCACUGUGCCUGCGUAUCAUGGAGUCGGGCUCGGAGCUGAGCAAAACGGUGGCCACCUUCAUACUGCAGAAGAUUCUGCUGGACGACAGUGGUCUGUCGUACAUCUGCCACACGUACGACCGAUUCUCGCAUGUUGCCAUAAUUCUGGGAAAGAUGGUAAUCUCGCUGUCCAAGGAACCAUCGGCCAGAUUGUUGAAGCAUGUCGUACGCUGCUACCUUCGGCUGUCGGAUAACCCACGUGCUCGCGAAGCGUUACGUCAGUGCCUACCUGAUCAGCUUCGGGAUGGUACAUUUACCGCAUGCCUCCAAGAGGACAAAUCCACCAAACACUGGCUGACGAUGCUGCUGAAGAACCUUGACACACCGGCCGGACCCGUUGCCGAUCCCCGUCAGGUUGGCAUUGCGCCGCUCGCCUCGUAAGCGCCUAAACCAGAUCUAAACUCACACUUCAUGGGCUGUAAUCGUGCAACCAGUGCCAGAGCGUUGGCCGGCAGGUGACGCAGUGAGCAACUUCGUUGUCCGUUUUUUUUCUAUCAUUUUUGUUUGUUGAGCUGAAGAGAGCUACCACCAGAUAGCAAUCCUAGAUUAAGGAGUUGGGCUUUCGGCUCUCUCGCUACACUUAGAUCUAAACUAUAGUCUUGUUUUCUGGCAUUACAACCACGAUAGGUGCUUGGUCUACCGUUUCUGGCUUCCUUGGCUUGAUUUUGCUCGGAGCUGGAUAGUCAUUCCCGCGUACGGAAGGAUGUUCCGGAUGGGGCUCGUGUGUCUUGCCGUGUAAAUACCAGCAGCUUGGUCAUCAGACCAUCCCAAACGAAUGGUUAAACUUAAAGCAUUGAACUAAUUUCCGUACAAAGGAUUGACUGUUCGGCUACGUGGUACCAAUAAGUCUGGUAAGCCAUGAUAUGCCCGACAAGGCCUUGCAGCACGUUAAGCCACGAAAGGAAGAACAAAUACACUAUUUUGUCCCAUUAAUUUGUACACGAUCGAAUAGAGAUUUGGGUUGCUUCGCUACUUCGCACUUAGGGGACGUAAUUCGUAAAGAACUGUGUACAGACAAUUUUUAAGACAACCGUUUCGGAGCAGCCGAGAGAGAGAGAGAGAGAGAGGGCUCAAAAUGUUAGGCGAACAGAAUUCAUCCCGUUCUGUAGCUUUCUUUGAAAGAAAGGCUUGGGAGCACGGAAAACAAAUUAAAGGAACCAACUAUUCGUAAUAGGAGCAGUUCGAAAUUCGUUUGUUGGCGUUGUGAAACACGAUGAGAUACAGAAAUAGAUUAAUGGUUAAAGGCGGACAUAAGCGUUAGUGGAAGUUCCGAUACAUUCGACAUACCACCACCCCAUACGAGAGCUUGUUAUUCGGAUUUGUCGCCUGCAGACAGCCAGGUACGAAAACUCACUCCAAUACCUACCUGUUUAGUAUUAAAUGUGUAUAGAAAAAUAA